ACGAAGCCCUUGUCAUUUGCUGAUUGUGUUGGGGAUGAGCUGCCGUGGGGAUGGGAAGCAGGGUUUGACCCUCAGAUUGGUGUCUACUACAUCGAUCACAUCAACAAAACUACACAGAUAGAAGAUCCAAGAAAACAAUGGAGGGGGGAACAGGAGAAAAUGCUCAAGGACUAUCUCUCCGUGGCCCAGGAUGCACUAAGGACACAAAAGGAGUUGUACCAUGUGAAGGAGCAAAGACUGGCCUUGGCCCUAGAUGAAUAUGUACGGUUAAAUGAUGCCUAUAAGGAGAAGUCAAGUUCUCGCACAAGCCUAUUCUCAGGAUCUUCGUCCAGUACUAAAUAUGAUCCUGAUAUUUUAAAAGCUGAGAUUUCCACUACAAGAUUAAGGGUUAAAAAGCUGAAGAGAGAACUCUCACAGAUGAAGCAAGAACUGCUGUAUAAAGAACAAGGCUUUGAGACAUUGCAACAAAUUGAUAAAAAAAUGUCUGGAGGCCAGAGUGGGUAUGAACUUAGUGAAGCCAAAGCCAUUCUAACUGAACUGAAAUCUAUCAGAAAGGCUAUUAACUCAGGAGAAAAAGAAAAACAAGAUCUGAUGCAGAGUCUUGCUAAGCUGCAGGAGCGGUUUAAUUUGGAUCAGAACAUUGGCAAAUCUGAGCCAGAUUUGAGAUCCAGUCCUGUGAAUUCUCAUUUAUCUCUCUCCAGACAGACCCUUGAUGCAGGGUCACAAACAAGCAUUUCCGGAGAUAUUGGAGUGAGAAGUAGAUCAAAUUUAGCUGAAAAGGUCAGGCUAAGCCUACAGUAUGAAGAAGCCAAAAGAAGUAUGGCCAACUUAAAAAUCGAACUGUCAAAAUUGGACAGUGAGGCCUGGCCUGGGGCGCUGGAUAUUGAGAAGGAGAAACUGAUGCUGAUUAAUGAAAAAGAGGAACUUUUGAAAGAGCUUCAGUUCGUCACCCCGCAGAAACGCACUCGAGAUGAGUUGGCGCACCUGGAAGCCGAGAGGCAGCGACUGGAGGAGGAGCUGCUGUCCGUGAGGGGAGCGCCGAGCAGAGCUCUGGCUGAGAGGCUGAAAUUGGAAGAGAGAAGAAAGGAGCUGCUACAGAAACUUGAAGAAACUACUAAGUUAACUACUUACUUGCAUUCACAACUUAAAAGCCUCUCCGCCAGCACCCUGUCCAUGUCAUCUGGAAGCAGCCUGGGUUCCCUGGCAUCCAGUCGGGGCUCUCUGAACACCUCCAGCAGAGGGUCACUCAACUCCCUCAGUUCCAGUGAGCUGUAUUACAGCAGUCAGGGUGAUCAGAUAGACGUGGAUUAUCAGUAUAAACUGGACUUCCUUCUGCAAGAGAAAGGUGGUUACACUCCUUCCGGUCCCAUCACCACCAUCCAUGAAAACGAGGUGGUCAAGUCCCCCGGCCACCCCAGCCAGAGUGGACUCUGUGGGGUGGCAGCUGCAGCAACAGGCCACACUCCCCCACUGGCCGAGGCCCCCAAGUCUGUGACUUCCCUGUCCUCGAGGUCUUCCCUUUCUUCCUUGUCCCCUCCGGGCUCUCCCUUGGUUUUGGAAGGCACGUUUCCCAUGUCUUCUCAUGACACCUCUCUCCAUCAGUUCACUGCUGACUUUGAAGACUGUGAGUUGAGUAGCCAUUUUGCAGACAUUGGCCUCAGUGAAAAUCAGAUAUUGCUGGAUUCUGACUCCGGAGGAGCAGCCCAGUCUCUCUUAGAAGAUAAAGACCUGAAUGAAUGUGCUAGGGAGCCAUUGUGUGAAGGAGCCACAGAUGUGGAAAAAUCAUUACCAAAAAGAAGAGUAAUCCACUUGCUUGGGGAGAAAACCGCUUGUGUGUCAGCUGCUGUGUCCGAUGAGUCUGUGGCAGGAGACAGUGGGGUCUAUGAAGCUUUCGUGAAACAGCCUAGUGAAAUGGAAGACGUCACCUACGGUGAAGAGGAUGUUGCCAUUGUGGAGACGGCCCAGGUUCAGAUAGGACUCAGAUACGAUGCAAAAAGUUCAAGUUUCAUGGUGAUUAUAGCACAGCUCCGAAAUCUUCAUGCCUUCUUGAUACCUCAUACUUCAAAAGUAUAUUUUAGGGUUGCUGUACUUCCUUCCUCAACUGAUGUCUGCUGUCUCUUUCGAACAAAAGUCCAUCCGCCCACAGAAUCCAUUGUAUUCAAUGAUGUGUUCCGAGUGGUCAUUUCCCAAACAGCCUUACAACAGAAGACACUAAGAGUAGAUCUUUGCUCCGUCAGUAAACAUCGAAGGGAAGAAUGCCUGGCUGGAACCCAAAUCAGCUUGGCAGAUUUGCCAUUUUCUAAUGAAGUGUUCACUCUAUGGUAUAACUUGCUUCCUUCCAAGCAAAUACCCUGCAGGAAGAAUGAAGAGGAAAAUGAGGACUCCGUCUCUCCACCAAGCCAGCCGUUCGUGGAUGCUGUGGACCUGGAUGCAGUAUCAGCCUUACUUGCAAGAACAUCAGCUGAGUUGUUGGCUGUGGAACAAGAAUUAGCACAAGAAGAGGAACCAGGGAAAGAAGAGCAAAGGGGUCCAGAUGGAGAUUGGUUAACAAUGCUAAGAGAGGCCUCUGAUGAAAUUGUGGCUGGAAAAAAAGAGGCUGAAAUUAACUUGCCAGAGAACAGUGGCUGCACAGAAGACUUAGGGUCACAUACUAGUGUGCCUGAAAAGGGCAAAGAUAAAAGCAGGAGGGAAAACGACUGUGCCAAAGACCUCAGAAGUCAGCCAUCUGCUGGAGUACCCACCCUGGUUGAUAAAGAGACAAAUACUGAUGAAGCAGCUAAUGACAGCAUGGCAGUUCGCCCCAAAGACCGCAGCAGCCUGAGCUCUCGACAGCAUCCCUUUGUGAGAAGCAGCGUGAUUGUGCGCUCUCAGACCUUCUCUCCAGGAGAGCGGAACCAGUACAUCUGCAGGUUAAAUCGGAGUGACAGUGACAGUUCAACCCUGGCUAAAAAAUCACUGUUUGUGAGAAACUCCACUGAACGGCGCAGUUUGAGGGUCAAACGGACUGUUUGCCAGCCAGUCCUUAGAAGAACAGCGCAAGAAUGCCCAGUGCGCACAUCUCUGGAUUUAGAACUGGAUCUACAGGCAUCUCUGACCCGGCAGAGCCGCCUCAAUGAUGAACUGCAGGCACUGAGGGGCUUGCGGCAGAAGCUGGAGGAGCUGAAAGCUCAGGGAGAGACCGACCUGCCGCCAGGUGUGCUGGAGGACGAGCGGUUCCAGAGGCUCCUGAAACAAGCAGAGAAGCAGGCAGAACAGUCAAAAGAAGAGCAGAAGCAAAGUUUGAAUGCGGAGAAACUGAUGAGGCAAGUCUCCAAGGACGUGUGUCGGCUUCGGGAGCAGAGCUGGCAGGUGCCCCGGCAGGUGCAGUCCUUCAGGGAGAAGAUUGCCUACUUUACCAGAGCGAAGAUUAGCAUUCCAUCCCUGCCAGCUGAUGACGUAUGAUCACAUGGCUUAAGGAAUUGUUUUGUUUUGUUUUGUUACCUGUUCACUUUCUUGGGAAGGGCAAAAGACUGAACAUUUGUUUUUGUUUUUUGGUCAUGUAACUGUCAACUCUUGAAGAACUUUUAUAUCACAUCAGAUUUUCAACAUGUAAUUUGUAAAGUACCUUGAAUGUAAUUCUUAUAUGCUUAAAAAAGAAAAAAGUCAGAUAACAAAAGCAGGAUCUGUUACACACAUGGUGUGCGGUAUGUCUGUGUUACCAGAGGGCCUCAUUUGUGAACAUGGAGCAGAGACAGUGUCCAGUGUGUGUCCUGCUGAGCUGACUGUUGAGAAGCAACUCGAUUCAGCAGAGGUGGCUUUGCUCCCCUUGUGUUCCUGUAAGUGGACUCUGAAGGUGGCCACCCUGCCACGUCUGUGUGCUAGAGAGCAGCCCUUUCAGCUGGGCGUUCUGCAUGAGCUGGAGUGCAGAGUCCAUGCCUACCUGCAGCAGGUCCUGGGGUCAUAGCCACCACCUGCGUGGGAACACUUUGUUCCUUCAGACAGUUUCCUUUUCGUCCUUUUAUAUUUGUCUAAAAACACCAAAAAUAUCAAAUACCGAGUGCAAGAAUCUAAAAAUACAAAGGGGCAAUACUCCUGACUAUUCUAAGGAUUGUGGGAUCCUUGAUACUGAGGACAGGGGAGCAGAAAGAACACCAGUCACCCUAAAAUACACUGAAUAGACUCAUCAAACGAGCAGCCGGUUCAUCUAACACAACCUGAAUUUGCCCAAGUGCUCAGUGGCGAGUCUCUGGCUUGCGCCAGGGUUGUGUCCUAGGAUGGAGGCUGGUUCCGAGCCAUGGCCUGUGUUCUGAAGACAGGCGGCGCUAGAGACAGAAGGGAAACCAGCAUGGAGGAGAGGAUGUCUUGACUGAGCCAAAGUUGCCAAAAGUGAAAAAACAGGGUACCAAACAGAUUUCUAACAUUUACUAGAAAUUACUUUGCAGCUCUCAGUUUUAGGGGUUCCAUAUGUAACUUAUGGUAAAUAUUUGGGAGGCAAAGGGAAGAGUGUGCCUGGGGGGAUUAUGAAUUUGAAGUAGAGGCUAAAUCGUUGUUUAAAAAAAAAAAAAAAAGAACAGUUCCGGAUGAACAAGUUUAGAGAGGGAAACUGAGUGACCUGUCCUCCAGUUUAGAAUUUCAGCUUACCCAACCCUGGCACUUCUUAAAAAAAACAAAUCCUUAGUGUAGCUCUGCCAGCAUAAACAUAUAUAUUAUUUAGGCCAUUUAAACCAUACUUAUUACUCAGUCUAUUACUGGAAGAAGCAAUUUUUGGUUAUCCAUCUUAUAUAUAUGGCAAACUAAACCUUUUUUUUUUAAGAAAUGCAAAAUUGUCUUACAGGAAUGGGCCCCUUAAAGAAAGAAAGAAUAAGAAGAAAAAAUAAAGUUCUAUUCCUAAGCUAGAAUCCUCAAUAGCAAGAAUUUUUAUUGUCUUGACAGGAAUUGAACAUAUUUUGAAAAGUUCAUUUUAUCAGAAUCAAAGUUCAGAUUAAGAAAUUUCUGAGCCUAGAUCUUUGUUUUCUCCUAAAUAUCACACCACUUACGUACAAAUUUCUUUGAAGACCUAGCUGGACGUGGCACUUCUUUGAGCAAAAACUAGCCUAGUGCCCUGACCGAGCAGUCUUUCUGGGCUGCCCAGUUCAUUCUAUUCAAUGACUAAGGAAAGCUAGAAACAAGGACACCGUCUACCUUUGUCAAGGUCAAAUGUGAAAGGCAGAAGUUUAUUUAACAUAGAGGUCAGUGAAGGCCAGCAGUUUUCGGCUUCGUAGUUUGACCAUGAAAAUGUUUCUAGAAUUAUGUGUAGUUGUACCGUAUGAUUUUAUUUUCUUCAUUUAUUUAUUUACGGUCUUAUUUAUGUUCUGUUUAAUAUAUGGUUUGGUUCUGGCCAUGUUAAAUGUUUGACACAGAAGAGGCUAUAUUGGAAUAUUUACAGCUUUAUAAAUUGUCAUCAGAUUAGCUGUCAACUUUUUGUAAUACAAGAAGUUUCAGACAAGUAUUAAAGAAUAAAAUCCGUCUCAGGCUGGCAGUGAAAAGUUGUGACCAAGAUCCUUUUGGUUGUAUUUUACAAAAUUUGCUCAUUUCUAAUAUGAGAGAUGAACUUAUUUUAAUGUAAUCCUUUUUCACACGUUAAAAAUCAACAAUAGUGUCAUGUAUUUAUAGGCAGCUUUCAAUAAUCUUUUCAUAUUACUACUAACCCAAAUGAUUCACAGUGACAGAACAUUUUAAUAACUUGAUCACAAAACCAUAUGGACAAAUAUGAAUUUUAAUAUUAUAAAUACUAUUUUUAAAAGCUAGAAUUUAUUCUGCACAGGGUAAAAGAAUGCAAUAUUUAGUCCUCAAGUUUGAAUUAUCAAUAUAUUAUGACAGUUUUGUAUAUCAGAAUCUUAAGUGUUACAGGUACAAAAAGAAUAUUGCUAGCCAAAUGAACAAAGUUUAGCUAAAUUUCUGUAGCAUGCAAAUCAAAUAAAUCUUUUUUUUUUUUUGCUAUUGCUUUAUCUAUAUUGUAUUAAAUAUCAAAAGCUCAGGACUGAACUAAAUAUUUAAUCAGGUUAAAUUCUGAAUAUGUUUCUGUUUUAAUUUGUCUUGGUUUGUAAAAAUAUGCAAAUACAUUACAUAGAUUAACUUUGGUUUCUGCACUUUCCAUAUGUUUGUGGGUGGAAAAAAAUUCAGUGUUUUUUUUUUUUAACAAAGAUGCCUAUUGCCUAAUACUCUAUGUCAGUGUCUUUUAUUGUUCAGUUAAUUUCCCUGAUUGGCACAAACACAAGCGUUUACUUGAACCAUGUACCAAGCAAAUAUAAAAUCUUUCAUGA